GUCUCUGCACGUUGUAACAUGGUUUUGAAAAGUGCUCUAUAAUUAAGGAUCAUUAUUAUAUAAUCAAUUUUAUAUUAUCAAUUAACACCCUUCUUACUUCCCGAAGUCCUGUCCUGAGCUCAGUAUUUAUUUUAAACCCCAUUCCUGUCCUGUCUCAUGCAUUACAUUCUUUAAUGUCCCUCUUUCUGAAUUAUUACACUGCAUGAUAAUGUGCUUUACAUCUCCUGGUGUUACACCACUGACACUGAUCUGUUUGACAUUUCCCCAUUAAAUAUAACGUGUAGUGUACCCCUGCGUGCUCAAACCUUAAUCUUGUUAUGAUGAGCUUCUCUCUCCCGUUAAGAUAUCCUCCACUAACCUGUUUAAUAUGAUUUCUGUAUUUAUAAAAAUGUCUCCCUUUUAUGUCUGUAUCCCAUUCUUUCUGCCAAACGUUAAUUAGACCUAUAGCUCCGGGACUUCACUAUACAAGGGCAUAAACUCAUGUCAAGUUUAUACAUGGUGCAGUUUUUGCUUUAUGUAAUGUGUAUGAGAUUUAUUUUUGUUUGCCUAAAAAGCUACUGAAGAUUAACAUAUUUUAAAGUCUUGUUUUAUUGCGUCCUGAGUAAACCCCACCCUCCAGAUGAUGUCAUCUGGGUUAUUUUGUCUUGAGACUAUGAGUACUAAAUCCUAAUUCAUGUUUGCCGCACCCGCAUGGCCUCAAGUGUCUAUGUGGAUCUGCAUAAUGUACAUUCCAAAGUACAGCUAAUGCUGAUGGGAAUGCCAUCAGUUUUGCAUGUAUUUGGUCAUGAGCCAAAGUAAUGGGAAAAUUGUUAUAAUUUUUUGACCUGAUGAUGGCGCUAGAUGAAAAGUCAAGGGAUUGGGAGGGGGGCCUAAAUGCCUGUACCAAAUUUCAGGUCAAUCCAGCAGUUUCACUUAAUAUGUCACAAAUGUGAACGUCAUGGUGGUGCUAGAGGGAAAGUCAGAGGAUCACCAAAGUCAUUAGGACACCUCCUCUUGGGAACAUGACUGUUUGUGUCUAUAGCAAUCCACCUGAUGGUUGUUGAGAUGUUUCAGUAUGGACUGGAUCCACUACUACUUCAGUGUGACUGAAAUCUGGAGGCAUUUUGGAGGCAGGGAUGGUUUAAUAAAACACACGCAGUAUGGAAAUUGUGUUUAGAGCAAGACUUGACGCAGGGAGUCUUGUUUUUAUAAUUUUCCACAGUUCCACAAACGGUUCUCACCAUUCACUGAAACUCUAAAAAAGAAUUGGGACAAACAAUAUGUAGUAAUAGUGGUUUAUUAUCUGUGACUGUGCACGUAUUGUUUGAUGUUCUGACGGACUGGACUUUACUGGGAAUGUUCUGGUGCAUUUCAGUGUAUUCAUUUUCAGUAUACCGUAUCUUUUCAAAAUGCUCUGCCUUGUUAAUGCGAUGUAGUUUCAUCAAGUCUGCAAAGCACCAAAAGAAAUCUGACUGUUGCAGAGAACCUGCUCAAUGUUAUUGAAGGGGAAACUAAAAUCUGCAAGUUCAGGAUGUGUCGCAGGGCUUUUACAGACUUUCAUACAGUGGAGAGUGGCUGAUCGAGGACCAGUCAGCCAAGUCCACCUACAGAACUGAGACCUGCUAUUCAGUCACAUGCUGCUCUCCCCCUCACUCAUUACAGUGUGUGUGUCUGUGUGUGUGUAGUUUUCUGGGUAACAUAUAUGUGAGCGUUGUACAGUGUGUGUGUGUGCUUGUACAGUGUGUGGUUGUGCAUGCAUCCUGACACUGGCCCGCUCUGUUCUCCUGCUGGCUGGCUGAUCAGGAGCUACUCUAACAAUCAGCUCUAUUUUACCCCUCUCUCUCUCUUUCUCCCUACUCAUUCACUUUGUGUGACCCCGCCACCACCAGCAGCACCACCACCACCUCUCAUCAGAAUUGAUGGCACGAACCUGCUUGAAACAAUCGGCCAGCGUUUCUCCCUCUGUAUUCUUUUAAAGCCCUGUCCUGACUGAAAGAUCAAACAGUGGGUCUUUGAGUCUGGUCCUGACACUGACAUCCAUUCAGUGAUAUAGAUCAGGAAUAAGUGUCAUUGUUAUUCCCCUAAUGACUCCAUUAGAAUCACUGACGCCUUCUUUGUUUCAACCCAUGUUUUCCUUGGUUCGAGAUCACUGCUGAUCAUUUUGCAGGGUUAUACAUUUACCCCAAAGUGACUUACAUAUCAGGAACAACAUACAAGCAUCAGUAAAGUAAGACAUCCAUAAGCAACCAUAAAUACUAUGUUAUGUUAUGUGCUGUUAUGUGAUGCAGAGGGAACUCUAAACUAAAUAAAUAAAGCGUCUGUAAUACACCACCACCAACUCUUUAUUACGCUUCAUUAUCUUUAUAUCUAUAUUAUCUUUCACCAAAAUACAAAUAUGUUAGGAUACCUAUCCUAACAUAGUUCAAGCAGAAAAUGCAGAAUGUAGUUGUUCUUGAAAAGUUUUCAUUCCAGUUUUGUGAGCGUCCACAGUGUAAACUGAGGAAGUUGCCUUUGCUCCCACACUUCAACAAACAGUGGGAAAAUCCGUCCCAGUCAUUAGCAGCACACAGAGCUGCACUGUCCUACAGGCUGCCUGCUGCCAAGUGAUGGUUUGGCUCUGAAAAGUCACGUUGACUCUCUACCUGUGUCCUGUUACAGUUCCAGCGGGGUAACACACACACACACACACACACACACACACACACACACACACACACACACAAACGCACGCACACACACACACACACAAACGCACGCACACACCUUUGAACUACAAUGCAACUUUGUCCUUUCAACCCUCUGACUUCCACACUGAAUGGGCACCCUGUAAGAACAAUAUAUAUAUAGUAAACAUUUUAUAUUCACCUAUAAAAGUUGAGCUGCGUAACAUUUAAUAUUCUAACUGUCAAAUUAAUAGUGGUACCAUGGCUGCAAAAUCAGUUGCAUAACGUCCCCUGUGGCUCCGUAGGAGCUUUCAAAAGUUAAAAAAAGAUAUCAUGUUAUCAUGGCUUUAGGCUUGAGGCUAUGAAAACUGAAUCCUAAUUCAUGCAGCGCCCACUUGGCUGCGAGAUUCUACGUGGAUCUACAUAAUUAAAAAAUUCAUCAUCUUCCCAUGCUGAUGAACAUCCAUGCUGCCAGCGCCUAAAAUUUGCGACCACGUGGACUAGGCAUGUGCUAGAAAAGCAAAAUGGUUGCAAGAAGAUCCGUCACUAUCUAAUCUUGGACUUGUUGCUUUGAUAAUGAGACGGCCACAUCCUGGGUUAGUAUUUCUUUACAUUUGGUUACAUUUGGUUGACACCCACAACACCACACAUAGUCCUUUGUGUUCAUAUACACACUUAAUUCAAUUUAUGACCAUUUAGUUGCACACAAAUUAGUUAACAUUCUCCUGUAUGGUCCUUUAAAUUGAAAGGAACGCCUUUUUUUUUUUAUCUUACUAAGCUCCUCUGGCAAAGGGCCUGAAGCCUGGGAAAGAUGGCCUUUGAUGUGGAAGAUGGAGGAAGGAAAUUUGAAUCCAGAAUACUUUAAAAUCUUUUUUUGUUUGGAAGUGAAAAAAGAUUUCGCAUUAAUUAUUACAUCUGUUAAUAAAGAGAGGAGAGUCAAAGAGAGGAGAUCUGAUUUGGUUAAAGAAAGUUCGGACAGAACUUUUGUAUGCAUUUGGUUGCAUCUGAAGUUAUGUCAAACAGCAAUUUUAGACUAUCUGGGCUCAAAUGUUGAGAGUUUAUGGGAUCAAAUGACAUAAUGGUGAUCACACAGGCAUCCAGGAAUUGAGCGACACUAAGCAAGUAAACUAAGGGAGGGUGAGGGGCGCCUUUUCGGAACCGGAGUCUCGCAUUCAAUCAAUGGGCGGCACACCAAGCUUUGUCUGAGUGGAAGCCACAGUCUCAGACUUUGAAAACCCCUGGGUUAGAUGUUUAUUAUUAUUGUGUGAUCAAGCUUCACCCCUGUGUCUGUCUAGGACUAGUGCCUCUGUUGUGUUAUCUGGAGGGAAGUAUGUUUAAUUAUGUUGUGUUCUGUUUAAUUGAGUUUCUUUAUUGCUUAGUUUACCUCUUUUAGUUUGGGCCCUAUAUUAGGAUUUAUUAACUUCUGUUUUCAACUUUUUGUAAGUUCAUUAACCUUGUGUGACACCUUUGUCCAUUUGCCUUUUUCCCUUGGUCCCUGACAGUGACCAUUAUUUUUUGUCAAGAUUUUCCACAGACCUUUCACUGUUUUCACUGUUUUCACUACUCCCCGAAACUUUCAAAAACAACAUCAUCAGUAUACUUUACAUACACAAAGAGCGACAGCUUUGCCACUGUGAGGUUUUAUUUUGAAAGUCCUCACAGGAAGUCAUCUCAUAUUGUUCUGGCUGAUUUGACACUGGAGGCGCAUCUUUUGCUUCAUGCAAAGAAAGCAGGAGCUGCAGGUUUGUGAUUUAUUCAGUAUUUUAGAUCCAGAUUUGAUUAGAUUUUUAUUAUGGCAGUACUUGUGUAACAGUAAGCUGAUGGUUUCUUUUUGUGCUUGAAAGGACCAUGUGGAAUAUUUUCCCACAAACAACCUGACUCUCCAGACACAAGGAUGUCCUGGCCUCUUCUUUACGCUCAGUUAGUGGGGGCAAACCGUCACUCCACCAGCCUGGGUAAAGUCUGGCUCUCCGUGCUUUUUAUUUUCCGGGUCAUGGUGUUGGUUGUUGCUGCUGAGAGCGUCUGGGGGGACGAGCAGUCUGACUUCACCUGUAAUACACUACAGCCUGGCUGUGAAAAUGUCUGCUACGAUCAGUUCUUCCCCGUCUCCCACAUCCGUCUCUGGUGCCUUCAGCUUCUCUUCGUCUCCACACCGUCGCUCCUGGUUGCAUUGUACAUAGCAUAUCGAAACCAGAGCGAUAAGAAGAAGCUGCUACAGGGUUCUGGUAGAGGUGGUCUCCUCAGCCAAAAAGGCCAGGAGGAAGAGUUGGAGACUCUGAAGAGACGGAGACUCCCAAUAGCUGGUGCCCUCUGGUGGACGUACGCCUGCAGCCUGGUGUUCAGGCUGCUGUUUGAAGGAGGCUUCAUGUAUGCCCUGUAUGUGGUAUACGAUGGUUUCCAGAUGCCACGGCUGGUGCAGUGUGACCAGUGGCCAUGUCCUAACCUGGUGGACUGUUUCAUCUCACGCCCCACCGAGAAAACAAUCUUCACUGUUUUCAUGGCCACGGCCUCUUCUAUCUGCAUGGUCCUCAACAUGGCUGAACUUGCGUAUCUUGUCGCCAAGGCUGUCACUAGGUAGAGGAAUCUCUGUGGACAAAAGGAGAAGAAAACGUUCAGGAAGUCCAGCAGAGAGAGGACACAGAAUAAGACAAACCAGAAGUUACUUGUCUCAAACUGACAAAGUGACAAAGCAGCAACAAGGUGGAUGACGCAUGCAGAGGAAAUAUUUUCACAAAGACUUGAAACCCUUUAGAGCUGCAUAAUUACAAGUGAUACACAUGUGAAUGACCCAAAGCAAAAAGUGAAAAUUUUCUAUGAUACCUGAGGUUCUCAAAUGUAGCCUUCAAGAGGUAGAGAAGAUGGAAUCAGUGUGAACAACUUAAAACUGUAUUUUUAUAUUGUUUGAUAUUGUAUGUUAGUUUUUGAUUCAUAACUUUUGUAUGUUCUAAUAUAACAGUAGAAAAAUAGGCCAGGACAGAUAGUGUAUAACAAUGCUGAGUAGGAUCUCGAGCCAUCGUGCCAUCUAUUGAGCAACAAGAAAACAACAUGAGCAAAGAAAUGUGAGGGCUCACCAGCAGCUUCACACAUACAGUACCUUAUGGAUUUCGUGAAUAUAAAUGCACUCACAAUUUUCUUACUUUAUCUCCACAAAUAAAGUUUCAUCAUAUCUUAAUUUUGUUUUUAGUCUGAUUGUUUCAGUUACUGUAAAACUCCAAUUAAAAGCCUAGUCCCAGUUUGGCGCCUGUCCCUUUCACUGGCCUGGUGUGGCCACACAAUUUGACAAAUAAACGCACGUCUCAAUUAGAA